GUUAUAUUUUUAUCUUUGAAAUUAUGAGAAAAAAGAUGAGGCAGAGAAGUAAGAAGAAGAUAGCCAGAAGUAUAGGCUAAGAUUGUCCACAACAUGUGGACAGCAGGAACAACGAGUGUAUAGAUCAACAACUAGCUUUCCCUUUUCGUCUAUCACUCCAAACACUCUUCUUCUUCACUCUACAACCACUAAACUAAGUGGUUGGUUUUGGUUUAGUUUCAUUUUUUUGAAGCUCUUAAACUUAAGGCUUAAGCCAUGGCAUCCUCAUCCUCUCUGCAUCUAUCUCAGGCCCUUCUGGCACGUGCUGUGUACCUUCAUGGCUCUUCUUCUUCUGACCGUGUCUCACUCUCCUUCCCAUCAUUCUCUGGCCUCAAGUCACAUUCUACAUGCAAAGCAGCAGCAGCCACGUCCUCGCGUAGAAGGGGUGCUUGUCCAUCCACCAACGUUGUUCGAGCCGCUGCGGUUGAGACACUCGACCAAACCACCGAGGUUUCUCUGGUGGAGAAAUCCGUCAACACCAUUCGGUUUUUGGCCAUUGAUGCAGUUGAGAAGGCCAACUCUGGUCACCCUGGUCUCCCCAUGGGGUGUGCUCCAAUGGGUCACAUUCUCUACGAUGAGAUAAUGAGGUACAAUCCUAAGAACCCCGCUUGGUUCAACCGUGACCGUUUCGUUCUCUCUGCUGGACAUGGCUGCAUGCUCCAAUAUGCUCUCCUUCACCUUGCUGGCUAUGACACUGUUCAGGAACAAGACCUUAAGGAAUUCCGACAAUGGGGAAGCAGAACUCCUGGACAUCCUGAGAACUUUGAGACCCUUGGAGUUGAAGUGACCACAGGUCCUCUUGGUCAGGGCAUUGCCAAUGCUGUUGGAUUAGCACUAGCUGAGAAGCACUUGGCUGCACGAUUUAACAAGCCUGACAAUGAGAUUGUUGACCAUUACACAUAUGUUAUAUUGGGUGAUGGUUGUCAAAUGGAGGGAAUUUCAAAUGAAGCAUGCUCACUUGCCGGUCACUGGGGUCUAGGAAAGCUCAUUGCUUUAUAUGAUGACAAUCACAUUUCCAUUGAUGGUGACACUGAGAUUGCAUUCACUGAGAAUGUUGAUCAGCGUUUUGAAGCACUUGGAUGGCAUGUAAUUUGGGUGAAGAAUGGAAAUACUGGAUAUGAUGAAAUUCGUGCAGCCAUUAAAGAAGCAAAGGCUGUCAAAGACAAACCCACUUUGAUCAAGGUAACCACUACCAUUGGAUUUGGUUCUCCAAACAAGGCUAAUUCCUACAGUGUUCAUGGGAGUGCAUUAGGUGCUAAAGAAGUGGAUGCUACAAGGAAGAAUCUUGGAUGGCCAUACGAGCCUUUCCAUGUGCCAGAAGAUGUCAAGAAGCAUUGGAGUCGCCAUACACCUGAGGGUGCUAAACUUGAAGCUGAGUGGAAUGCCAAGUUUGUGGAAUAUGAGAAGCAAUACAGUGAGGAAGCUGCAGAGCUGAAGGCUAUUAUUACUGGCGAAUUACCAGCUGGUUGGGAGAAAGCACUUCCGACAUACACACCAGAAAGCCCUGCUGAUGCUACAAGAAAUCUGUCUCAGCAAAAUCUAAAUGCCCUUGUUAAGGUUCUUCCUGGUCUACUUGGUGGUAGUGCAGAUCUUGCCUCUUCCAACAUGACCUUAUUGAAAUCGUAUGGGGAUUUCCAAAAGAAUACUCCCGAAGAGCGCAAUGUUAGGUUUGGUGUUAGAGAACAUGGAAUGGGAGCAAUCUGUAACGGUAUUGCUCUUCAUAGCCCCGGAUUCAUUCCAUACUGUGCAACUUUCUUUGUCUUCACUGACUAUAUGAGAGCUGCCAUAAGGAUUUCUGCACUGUGUGAAGCUGGAGUUAUUUAUGUGAUGACUCAUGAUUCGAUUGGACUUGGAGAGGAUGGACCAACUCAUCAGCCAAUAGAGCAUUUGGCAAGCUUCAGGGCAAUGCCAAACACUUUGAUGCUUCGUCCAGCUGAUGGUAAUGAAACUGCUGGAUCAUACAAAGUUGCUGUGGUUAACAGGAAGAGACCCUCAAUUCUUGCACUUUCUAGGCAAAAGUUGACCCAACUUCCAGGAACUUCUAUUGAGGGAGUUGAAAAGGGUGGCUACACCAUUUCAGACAACUCAUCAGGUAACAAGCCUGAUGUUAUUUUGAUUGGAACUGGUUCUGAGUUGGAAAUUGCUGCUGCUGCUGCUGAGGAUCUAAGGAAGGAAGGAAAAGCUGUUAGAGUUGUUUCUUUUGUUAGCUGGGAACUUUUUGAUGAGCAGUCAGAUGAAUACAAGGAGAGUGUUCUACCUGCUUCAGUAACAGCUAGAGUUAGCAUUGAGGCAGGAUCAACAUUUGGUUGGCACAAGAUUGUUGGAAGCAAAGGAAAGGCCAUAGGCAUUGAUCGAUUUGGAGCAAGUGCUCCAGCUGGAAAAAUAUACAAGGAGUUUGGUAUCACCAAGGAAGCUGUUAUUGCUGCUGCCAAAGAACUUUCGUAGAUAUAUUUGUUGAGUUUCUUUUAUCUCAUCUAGAACUUGUGGUUUUCACUUGUGGCUUUGGGUUACUGUUACAUGACUUGUUUUUUGAGAUAUCACUUUAGCCACAAUAAGGAAGAUUAGAUUGUUCUUGCAUAUGAUUGUCAGAGGAACCACUUACAUUGAAGGAUGAGUUGAAUUAAUGAAGUUGUAUGAAUUUGUAACAACUAUUUGGCUUGCUCUGUGGUGUAGUUGAAUUAGUGAUGCUCACUCUAGCACUCAAUUCUGGACAGAUAUGGCUUCUAGGAAGAA